GACAACAACAACACCAACACCAACAGCUCGCUGUGCUUGUGCUUUCCAUGCAUCAUAUCCUACCUCGAAGGUUACAUUUACCCCACCAAGGAAAACCAGCACUAUCCCAUCUUGCAACGAAAAGGCUUCACCCAACAGCAGCAAAGGCAGAUUGCGGAGGAGUGGUAUUGGAUUGCUUUCGAAAGGGAAACUGCCGUGAACGACUAUAUGAGGGGUUAUGCAACCUUUCGAGAUGGUUGCUGGUGGAGGCGACCGCCCAUUCCCAGGACCUCGCAUCGGAAUUCCUGCACUUUUCCUUCUUCUGCUUCUUCUCCUCCUUUACCUUCUUCACCUUCGGUUUCCGGUUCUGAUGGAACGUGAAAAAGAGAGUGGAGCCUCGCUUCUACCGGACAAAAAAAGGUUAAAAAUCGAUUUCGUCAACGAGGGGAUAAUUCGCGUAAGGAUCGGCUUUGGAAACGUACGAAUACGGGCUGCGGCUUGGCGGCCGUCGGGGCUAUCUUUUUCCCCUCGGAAGCUACACGUACCAACCUUGUCCGUUCAUCGAUAUCUCCUCGUCGGCAUCGGCAUCGCUCAUGAUCAUCUCUCGUCGACAUCACUGGCUCUUCCCACGCGAUCCAGACUACCUCUACGUCAGAUCGACUUCGAAGUCGACGAUCAAUUACCGGCCCGGUAUACCCAGAACAAUCGCACCAUUUUCACGUGCUGUUCAUGCAGAUGCUCUGUGCGGCCAUGGAGGGAAACCGUCUGAUGUUCGCAGAGUGUUGUCAGGCCAAUGAGAUUCAGUUAUCUGUUAUUAUGGCAAGAGCUCCUGGUUCUGCUUGAUGGCAGGCAGGCAGGCAGGCAGGCAUAUUUUCUCCAGCAAUCACUGUUCGCCAAGUCGUAACGAGCCAGAGUGCGAAAGCUCUCAUCAGGGCUUUGUAGUGGGGGACUUUGUAGCAAGUAUUGUACAGUACCGCAUCCUCUCUAUGAACAGCACAAAUCCG